GGGCGCGCGACGUGCUUCGCCGGAUAAAUGCCGUGGCGCCGGUCGUAGGUGAGCUUCUGUCCUGAGCGCCAACCCGUCUGCGCGUUUGGUGGCGUCAGGUUCUGCGCCUGAGCCCGCCCCUGUACCUGCCUGUGCCAUGGCGGACGAAGGGAAGUCAUACAACGGGCAUGAUGACCAUGUUAGUUUCCCUCAAAGAAGAAAGAAAGGCCGGAGGCCUUUCCGAUGGAAGUGUGGUGAGGGGAAUGGUAGGUCUGGAAGAGGUGGUUCUGGUAUACAGUCUUCCCAGUUUCAGGAAGAUGAUGGAGAUGUGGCAAAGAAUAAUCCCCAGGAUGGCCCCGGAGUCAGAUACAACCCCUAUACCAAUGGGCCUAACCGUCAGAGAGAUACUUGGCAUGAUCGAGAUCAAAUUCAUAUUACUGUACAGAAAGAGAGAGCUCCUCCAGAAAGAGGAGGUGCUGGCACCAGUCAAGAUGGGACCACCAAGAAGUGGUUCAAGAUUACAAUUCCUUAUGGCAGAAAGUAUGACAAAAUGUGGCUUCUGAGCAUGAUUCAGAGCAAGUGCAGUGUCCCCUUCAACCCCAUUGAGUUUCAAUAUAAAAGUACACAGGCCCAUUUUUUUGUGGAAGAUGCCAGUACUGCUUCUGCAUUAAAGGCUGUUAACCAUAAGAUUCAGGAUCAAGAAAACAGAAGGAUAACUAUCCUCAUCAACUCUUCUGCUCCACCCUGCAUUGUACAGAAUGAACUGAAGCCUGAACAAGUAGAGCAGCUCAGGCUGAUCAUGAACAAACGAUACGAUGGCUCCCAGCAAGCACUUGACCUCAAGGGCCUCCGCUCAGACCCAGAUUUGGUGGCUCAGAACAUCGAUGUUGUUCUAAACCGCAGAAGCUGUAUGGCAGCUGCCCUGAGGUUCAUUGAAGAGAACAUUCCUGAGCUAUUGUCUUUGAACUUGAGCAACAACAGGCUAUUCAAGCUGGAUGAUAUGUCCAGCAUUGUACAGAAGGCACCAAACCUAAAGACCCUAAAUCUCUCUGGAAAUGAAUUGAAGUCUGAGUGGCAAUUAGACAAGAUAAAAGGGCUGAAGCUGGAAGAGCUGUGGCUUGACAGAAACCCCAUGUGUGACACCUUCAGAGACCAGUCCACCUAUAUCAGGUCAGUUGUAGCCUCUGUCUCCCCUCCUGGGGACAUUUACCCCCUGGGAGGCUGAGCUAAUGCACCCUGACCAGUGCCCGUCUACAGGAGAACAUGCAGCCCUGAGCUGGAACCACCUGUCCUUUGGGAGGAGGAUCAAGUACUCCUUUAUGCCUGUCUAUGUCUCCUAGCUUUGUCCCAGAUCUCCUCUCCUUUCUUCUUACCUU